UCUCUGUGCCGCACUGCAAAACUCUUUCUUCUUCUUCUAGUGGAGAACUAAAAGCUCAAUCCGGAUUCCACAGCUAUGAGUCGGUCAGGUCAGCCUCCGGAUCUCAAAAAGUACAUGGACAAGAAACUCCAAAUCAAGCUUAAUGCUAACCGAAUGGUUGUGGGAACUCUUCGUGGGUUUGACCAGUUCAUGAACCUUGUUGUGGACAACACUGUGGAAGUCAACGGUGAUGACAAAACAGACAUUGGAAUGGUGGUGAUUAGAGGAAACAGCAUCGUCACCGUGGAAGCUCUUGAACCAGUUGGCAGGUCUUCUUAGCUCAGUAUAUGUAAUCAUCUCUUUGUACUAAGCACUUGUUCUUUUUGUUAUUCUCUCUUUGGGUGGUAGAUUGUUGCAGUUAUUUUGAACUUAUCAGUAAGAAAGUCUACAUUAAUACUCUUGCGUGUACUAAAAGAUUGUCAUGAACCCCAAGAAUGUGAUGGAUAAGCGGAUUUCUCUUA